UGCUAAUCGUGGAAUUUGCCGAUUAUCCCUAAUUUCACACUUCUCCACAUACCAUUUUCAGCGCGGCUUCGGGUCGGGCCUUAACACAGCCAGACACCCCCUUUAGUCCCAGGCCCGGUACAGGUGUACCCCCUGAUGGUGGCCCUGACUAGGCAGAUUAUUGUCAUUCACGGUAGACCAUAGGAUUUUUAUUUGUUUUUGUUUUAAAAUCCCUAUCAAAUAUGGCUGCAAGAGUAUGGUAUUGCGUCUUCCUGUAUUGUCCAGUCAUAUAGCUAGGAUUGAGUCACGUGCUUGCCGUCCCGGAAAUCUAACGCUAUUGACAACAUCUUGGGAGAACCCACUCUAGCCAUAGCUCUCGGCCCUUCUUUUCCCUUGUCUUUUCUUUUGUCAUCAAUCCGUGACCCGGGGGUUGUGUCAGUCCCGUCUGUCUCUGUGCGGCUGUCAGCAGCCCGGCUAAACAUAUGAGUGUUUCACUGCUUGUCAUCCGGCUGGAACUUGCGGACCAUUCUCGCUUUCCAGUGGGCUUUCAGUAUUGUGCUGCCACCGAUAUGUCUGAUGAAGAAAUCAAAGAAAAUGCCUUGCAUAAUGCAGCAGCUCACUUGGAAGGGAAGUUGCCAGUGGAUAAGACCUCAAUUCUGCACCAACACAUUGGAAGGAGAGAAAUGACAGAUAUGAUUAUAGAGACUCUAAGUCCCAGCCCAGAUGUGAAUGUUAGUUCUGCUGAGAAAAUGGAUGCAGCAUUGGCAGUUACUAAUAAAACCAGUUUGGAAGAGCAGGGUACCUGUGCAAUGGCGGUUCCUGAUUCUCCCUCUAAACAACUACCGGAACAGAUCACAUUCUUCAGUGGAAAUCCUUCAGUGGAAAUAGUACAUGGUCUCAUGCACCUGUAUAAAACAAAUAAGAUGACAUUGCUAAAAGAAGAUGUCCGACGUAGUGCCAUGCUGUGUAUACUCACUGUUCCUGCUGCAAUGACAAGUCAUGACCUUAUGAAAUUUGUGGCGUCAUUUAAUGAAGUAAUAGACCAUAUGAAAAUCAUCCGGGACUCCACUCCAAAUCAGUAUAUGGUUCUGAUAAAAUUUAGUUCCCAGGCUGAUGCUGAUAGUUUUUACAUGGCAAACAAUGGUCGCCAGUUUAAUUCUAUUGAAGAAGAUGUUUGCCAACUGGUAUAUGUCGAAAGAGCAGAGGUAUUAAAAUCUGGAGACGGUGCCAGCCUCCCAGUAAUGGAUUUGACUGAGCUUCCUAAAUGCACUGUGUGCUUGGAGCGGAUGGAUGAAUCAGUGAAUGGAAUUCUGACAACACUUUGCAACCACAGCUUUCAUAGCCAGUGUCUGCAACGUUGGGAGGAUACCACAUGCCCUGUAUGUAGAUACUGCCAAACUCCCGAGCCAGUCGAGGAAAACAAAUGCUUUGAAUGUGGUGUUCAGGAAAACCUCUGGAUCUGUUUAAUCUGUGGUCACAUUGGAUGCGGCAGAUAUGUCAGCAGGCACGCUUAUAAGCACUUUGAAGAAACACAACACACAUAUGCAAUGCAGCUGACAAAUCACAGAGUCUGGGAUUAUGCAGGAGAUAAUUAUGUCCAUCGAUUGGUUGCAAGCAAAACAGAUGGCAAAAUAGUUCAGUAUGAAUGUGAAGGAGACACCUGCCAGGAUGAAAAGAUUGAUUCUCUACAGCUAGAGUACUCAUACCUUCUCACCAGUCAACUUGAAUCACAACGCAUUUAUUGGGAGAACAAAAUUGUUCGCCUGGAAAAAGAUACAGCGGAAGAGAUCAAUAACAUGAAGGCGAAGUUUAAGGAGACCAUAGAUAAGUGUGACAGUUUCGAGCACAGGCUUAAUGACCUGAGCAAAGAGAAACAAGCUGUGGAAAGAAGGUGUGCCCAGUUGAACAGUAAAGUGGCUAAGCUCUCCACUGAGCUGAAAGAAGAGCAAGAAAUGAACAAGUGCCUUAGGGCCAAUCAAACCAUGCUGCAAGGCAGGCUUCGAGAAGAGGAAAAUACGCACAAGGAAACUAGUGAGCAGAAGGACAUGCAGCUCUUAGAAAUGCAGGAGCAACUGAGAGAUGUGAUGUUUUACCUGGAGACACAGCAAAAAAUAAACCACAUGCCUGCAGACACUCGACAGGAGAUACAAGAUGGCCAGAUCAACAUAGCAUCCUCCAGUUCUCCUGCUCCUUCUGGAAAGCUCUCAUCUCGGAAAGGGCGUGGAAAAAGGGGCAAAUAGUUCAUCAUUUAUCCCUUUGUUAUUUAUCGUGUUAGUGUUUCGACAUUUGGAUAUUUCAGUGAGACAGAAUUAAGGCUGUUCAGUUUCAGGAAUUGUUUUCUUCCAAUCUCUGCUGCAGAUGUAAGAGCUUCUGGCAUAAUUUAUUUCAGCUGUUCAGCACCAUUAGGUACAAUUUGGUUUUGUUUCAGAUCUUCCACGAUCUGUUUGUUAGAGGUGCCUUCAGAAACAAGUUAGUGGUACAUCUUUCAGUAAAACCAGUAAACAAAAAAUAAAUUACUUGAAAAGCAAGAGGCCAAAUAUAAUAUGUUGUGCUGCUGAGCUUAGCUAGAUAUGGCCUGGUUUGUUGAUUUUUUGUGGAAAGGCCCAAAGUAUCUUAUUGCUUGGUUACCAAGUUGCUAGUAUUCAGGUGGAGAAUAAACCUAAAUAGUAACUAAAGCACUAGGAGAUUUUGGCAUCCUAAAAAUGUUCCCUAUGCACAAAGUGUAUACGCCAGUUGUACACAUAGGGCACAACUUCUUUCUGGGCUGUAGCUGCCAUUUAUGCAUUAGGAUGCCUAUUUAUGUUGUCUAGUCAAAAACACCAAUACACUAUGCACAUGACAUCCCAGCUGCCUUGACAGGAGUAAUCCACCCUGCACAGUCCCUGCUUGUUCCCUGUUUGUACUUUCCAAAACUGAAACCAGCUUGAAGCAAAUAGAAGCAACCAUAAAGUUGGUGUGACAGGUAGCUUCCUAUGUUAUUUAUGUAUGCAGUAACACUACAUUAGGCAAAAGUCUGUUCCUACUGAUCCUUGUGUGGCUUUGCUAUACUGCUUGUUUGCUUGCUAUACCACAUGCAUUGGCUAAUACUUAUGGUGUUUUAUUCAGCUGUAAUAAGAGACCCUACCAUGCAUAUUGGCUUUAUUACACUAUUCAUUUAUUUGAUUUAAAA